CGUCAUGGUUGAAAUGCGGCCAGUCGGGUAUGAGAACAAGUGCAUAUCAGUACAUGGUUCUAUAAAUAUAUUAAUUUAAUUAGUGGGCGGAUCUCUUCGCAGACUUCCCCGCUUCUGCUGUAACUUUCGAUUGUAGCGCUGGAGCAGCUGUACGUGAGUUUCACAUCGAGCUGAACUGAGAUUAGUGCUGAAUGACUGACUGACUGGCUGAAGCCCUGAAAAUCUGCUUCAGUCGCGGCAGAUCAGAAGAUGAGCGUCAGUUCAACACGGAGCAGCGGGGAAGAGCUCGACGAGCUGGAGGCGGUUAGCUGGUAUCAUUAUGAUUUGUCCCGGCACGCAGCUGAAGCUCUUCUACUUUCGAAUGGGGUGGAUGGGAAUUUUUUACUCCGAAACAGCAACAAGGGUCCUGACUGCUUUGCUUUGUCUGUCCGAGCAAAGGAUUCAGUGAAACACUUCCAUGUCCGGCGGCAGUUUGGCAGAUAUGCCUUUGGCUUCAAUGAAUUCCCUUGCCUUCAGGAUUUCUGCAGUCACCUUGCCAAUCAGCCUCUGCUAGGCAGCGAGACAGGAAACCUGAUAGUGCUACGGUUCCCAUACCCACGGCAGGUGGAAGAACCAUCUAUUUAUGAGACAGUAUGUGUGCAUACGGCCAUGCAGACAGGCCGGCAUGAAAAUGACCUGGUGCCUAAUGCUCCAGCGCUUGGCACAAAAGAGGGUUAUCUGGUUAAACAAGGAGCGAUUAUCAAGAGCUGGAAACAGAGAUGGUUCACACUGAAUAGAAAUGAACUUAAGUAUUUCAAGGAUAAAAUGUUUGUAGAGCCGAUACGAACCCUGGAUCUGACGGAGUGCUCAGCUGUCCAGUUUGAUUACAGUCAGGAGAGGGUCAACUGCUUCUGUCUGGUGUUCCCUGAGAGGACGUUUUAUUUGUGUGCAAAAUCCGGUGCCGAGGCAGACGAAUGGAUUAAGAUACUACGAUGGAAACUGUCACAGAUAAAGAAAGGUCGAUGAUGUUCAACAUGGAGAGAAGUAACACUGGAGCGAUGUGAGCUGUGUGCAGUUUUAUGGUAGUAAUUACACAGGAUUCAUCAGCUUCAUCUGAUGCAUUUGGCAUCAUGGUUGUACAUUUCAUUGCACGUAAGAUAUGAUCUGGGCAAUGAAUCUCACACGCAAGAUUUUCCAUUUAAGACAAGUGAAGUCCCAUGGCACCAUGCUGUCAUGCUUUAAAAAGAGUCUGGAGGCAGAGCAUUACCAAUGUUGGGAUUAUAAUUGACAGUAGUUAGUUUUUUUUCAAAUAUUGUCUUCUAUGUGGAAUUUCAGAUUUUCUUAUUCUUCUCCAAGCCAAGCUAUACUCGCAGCAUGUGCCUUUACUUUAAACUGUGUGUAUGCUCCGAAACAUAUGUACAAUACCCCCUUAUAUACAUGUCUGUUACUGUGAAGAAGUAAACAUUAAUAUUAUGAAUUUUUAAGCACUGAAAGAGCUAUAGAUGUAAUAUACUUUUUUUUUUCCAGAAUCAAGCGCUGCAGUGAUUAUGUAUUUUGUAGGCUAACCUAGAAGUUAGCAUCACCCUUGUUCCCUCCACAAAAAACCCAAUAGGAUUUUCCAUUGACUUUUGGAUUAUUGCAGAAAACAAGAUCUGUGACCAAGAGAAUUUAUGAUUCUUAAACAUUUUGUACAUCAUGAUAAUAAUGUAAAGAUGAAAGUAGGCUAUAAAAUAACUACUUCAACAUCACUAUUUAAAAAAAAAAAAAAAAAACUCUUAAAGUUUGCAUUAGAAUAGUUUGCAAGUACGCGAUUUUAAUCCUCUGGUAUUGUUCAUUUGGGAGUCACACUUGUGUUGUCCGCAGUCAAAAGUGACCGAAACCUGAAAUGUAACCUUUUCUAUAAAUCAAUGUAAUAUAUUUUUGUUCAAUAAUAUUUUUUAUUUUUUUAUUUUUGUAUUUUGAGAGAAUGUUAUGGUACCAAUUAAUAUUUAUGCAAUAAUUAUGAUAAUUUUUUCCCCCAUGUUAAAAUAGACACAAUGCCUUUAAAAUCCAAUUUUUGAAGGCAGAUUAGUGCCAUCUGGUGGAAGUAAAAAAAGAAAAACGUCUAUAAUGCCAUGGUGUAACCACUAGAUUCCUAUAUAGCUCUAUAUAAAAAGGCUUAUAAAUUCUCUAGUUGUUUUUACACUUAAAUACUUGUUUUUAUUAAGUUGUGGAUUUGGGUAUAUAUUUAGACAUUCUCAAAGACAACUUUUUGUCAAGGUUUAGAUUUUUUAGUUGUAAAUGUUGAUUUGAAUUGUCAGUUUUUGCAUUAAUUUUACUAGUCAAAACUGAACACAGGACAUUUUGUAACAACAUCAAAUUUCAACAAAAAUUAAAAAAAAAUGAACAGGAAUGUGUUUGCGAACAACACGACACAUUUUUUUUUUAAUGACCGUUUAGCUUUUUCAAAUCAAGUCACAUAGCGACUUCCAUAAAAGUCACCAAAUUUCUUACCAUAAAAUUUCCAAACAUUUUUUUUCCCAGUCUAAAAUGACCGAACACCAGAGGGUUAAAUGCAAUAAGGUUAUGAAAGCACACUAGUGAGCAGUUUUCCUGUUCAGUGUGAUGACGUUUAAUGUCAGGCCAGGCCUGACGAAGACUGUUUGUGGUUGAAACAUUGCAAUUUAUUAAACAGAAAUAGCAGUGUGCCAGUUCUUUUGAAUUUCAGCUCAGUUUUCUUUUGAUCGAGCACCUGCUGAAGUGAUGUUUGGAUGUGCUACUUUGAAUUCAUGAUGUUUAAUGUCCUCAUUAAUAUUUAGUCCCAGUGAACCAUUUGUUAGCAACUGCUUUUUUUCAAGACUAGUAAAAGCUUUAAAAAAACCACAAGAGGGUUUUACUGAUGUAUUUUAUGUCAUUGUAUAAAAAUCUUAAACUUGUGUUAACCACAGACCUCUGGCUUUAGGUCUACAAAAAAAUACAUAAUCCCCGCAGCACGUGAUAAAUAACCAAAAUGAAAAGGUAUAAAAUUAUAAUUUGUCUAAAUAGCAAUGCUACUUCUAAUGUGAUGUGUGAACUGACAAUGAACCUGUAACUAGUACCCGUUUUCCUACUGUAAAAAUGUAACAUGUCAAUAAAUAAAAUUUAUUUUUGUAAACCAAA